UACGGCCUUACGGGUGAUAUCGGGCGGAAAAGAAAUAUUGGUCGGAAAAAUAGAUUCAAAAACUGGUUGCUCUCAUAUCCUAACUUGAUUCACUGAUCCUCCAUGUAGCCACGCCUUCAAAUCAUCUCUUCCUAGUUCUCUGAAGUCUAGAAUUUGCCAGCUCCACACAAUAUAUAUAUAUAUAUAUAUAUAUAACGUGUAUACAUAUAUCAGCAACUCUAAGGGGGAUUGAGCGAUCAGGUGAUCUCGGAAAAGAAGUUGAUAUAGAGUUUAUAGUCCAAAUUGUCAACAAGCCAAGGAUGCGAGGUUCAUCAUCAUCAUCAUCAUCAUAUUGGUCUGAGUUUUGUUCAUCAGCACUGAGAGCCAAACCCAUUGGAAAACCAUCUGACGUUAUCUCCAGCCACGGUCUCGUUCGCCGUCUUGGACCGUUUGACUUGAUUCUCUUGGGCAUUGGCGCUUCUAUUGGUGCUGGUAUCUUUGUCGUUACGGGCACCGUUGCACGCGAUGCUGGUCCAGGAGUUACAAUUAGCUUCCUACUCGCGGGAGCAUCAUGUGUCCUGAAUGCUCUAUGUUACGCUGAGCUGGCAUCUCGUUUUCCUGCCGUCGUUGGGGGAGCAUACUUGUAUACAUAUACAGCUUUUAAUGAGCUCACUGCUUUUCUUGUGUUUACGCAAAUGAUGCUUGACUAUCAUAUUGGUGCAGCUAGCAUAGCCCGAAGCUUGGCCAGCUACAUUAUUAAUAUAUUAGAGCUUAUACCCUCUGUCAAAGAUAAUAUUCCAAAUUGGGUAGGACAUGGCGGCGAUGAUAUUUUUGGGUUUAUAUCUCUCAACGUAUUGGCUCCUAUUGUUCUAGUAUUUCUGACCAUAAUUCUAUGUCGUGGUGUUGGAGAAUCCUCGCUAGUAAAUACCAUCAUGACAAUUACCAAGGUAAUUAUUGUACUUGUGGUCAUAGUUAUUGGUGCUUUUGAGGUUGAUGAUUCAAACUGGUCACCUUUUGCUCCAAACGGUUUCAAAUCCAUACUAACAGGAGCCACUGUAGCUUUCUUUGCAUAUGUUGGAUUUGAUGCAGUGGCUAAUUCAGCCGAAGAAUCUAAAAGACCACAGCGGGAUCUACCAAUAGGCAUCAUUGGGAGCCUUCUUGUUUGUAUUGUAUUAUACAUUGGUGUUUGCUUAGUGAUUACGGGGAUGGUGCCUUACAAGUUACUUGGUGAAGAUGCUCCAUUAGCCGAGGCAUUCAAAUCCAAAGGGUUAAACUCUGUAUCAUUUUUGAUUAGCGUUGGUGCAAUUGCAGGGCUUACAACAACUCUACUGGUUGGCCUUUAUGUUCAGUCUCGCUUGUAUCUUGGGCUUGGAAGGGAUGGUUUGCUACCUGCCAUAUUUGCUAAGGUUCAUCCAAUACGACAUACUCCUAUCCACUCUCAGAUCUGGGUUGGAAUUGUUGCUUGUGUUUUGGCUGGGCUGUUAAAUGUGACUCUGCUAUCACAUAUUCUCUCAGUUGGAUCUCUGGCUGGCUAUUCGGUUGUUGCAGCAUGUGUGAUGACUCUUCGAUGGGAUGAUAAUGUUGAUACUCAAGUCUCAACCAUCUCAAUGUCAAAGAGGACGGAAGGCAUCACUUGCAUCACUGUGAUUGCUUGUUGUGGUUUUGCUGCUGGAAUCCUCUACCGUUAUGGUGUUUCCACUUUUGCUUAUGUAUUUCUUAUUGUACCGGUACUUAUUGCAAUACUUGCUGCUGCAAAUCUUCAAUUUAGGCUGGUCUAUAAAGAUCCACCUGGUUUUUCUUGCCCAGGUGUUCCAAUAGUGCCUGCUGUUUGCAUCUUCUUUAACAUAUUUCUUUUCGCUCAGCUUCACUACGAAGCAUGGGUCAGAUUUGUUGUCCUCAGUAUCGUAGCUGUGUUUGUAUACGCAUUUUAUGGGCAGUAUAAUGCAAAUUAUGCAAGCAAUGAUAACAUUUAUCUCCAGAUAGCACCAGAAGCCGAUGAAGCUCAAUAACUGGUUUGUACAUAGCAAAAAUGAGCAUUUGAUGAUACAAAUUGUUGUAGUCGUAUUUGAUCCCCACAAGCGGGUGGUGUUGUAUUAAGAGAAUGUCCAUGUGGACCACAUCUAUGUAUUAGUUUUUUAAACAGUUAAAUUAUGUAAUGUAAAUUUGUAGCAUUUCUUGUUGUAACAUUCAUCUACAUUCAUCUACAUGGGAUUAUUUCAAUUUUCAAAUACUAUUUUCCUGGUUGUCAUCAAA